CUCUUUAUAGUCAGUGUAGGAGUGUAGACCGACACUGCAGAAACUUUCCUCUUCCACUCACACCAUAUCUACCAACUUCGGAAAAACAAAAAAAGAUGUUAGUCAUUUUGGCAUUUUUAACCACUCUCCUGAUAUCAGGAAACACUGAAGAUGAAAAGGUGCUGGCUGCUUUCCCAAACCAGACAAUGAACUGCAAUGAGAGGACUGUCUUACGGUGCAACAUCAGCAAAUCAAUGGAGUUGAACAUUGUUAAAAUAUUCUGGAAAAAACAAUCAGAAGAAGGUUUUAAAUGUGAUCCAACAUCAAGUAACAACCCUCCAGGAUUUGAGUGCAACUACACAAGGGAAGCAUUAACAUUAACUAUUUUACAUCCUACCCCAGCAAACAUAGAUGUAUAUUUUUGUUGUAUAAGGGCAGACUCUACACAUGGAUCAGAGAAAAUCAACGUUUCUUUAGGAAAGUGCAGUGGAGAAUUCUCCACAACUAUGACUGGGCCCAGACAAAUGGAAUGUAGCUUUAAAAGUGUGUAUCCGGACGGAAUAAUAAACUGGUUCCAUUACGACAGGAACGUGACUUCCAACUCUAAAAUCACAAGCCUGAAGAACUCUGAUGGAACAUUCAACAUCUCAAGUAUCCUAAACAUCCCAGACAAUGAAGUGAGAUAUAACUGCUCUCUGUGGUCAAUCAAAAAUGGACGAUACCUUAAAGAUCAAGAGUUUGAAGUGGAAGAUGGUGUUGGUGUUGUUUUUGGUGUUGGUUCCAGAAAAGGUAGCAGCACCAGUAUGCAGAAUUGUUUAUCAUGGACUCUUCUCCUUCUUGCCGUUAUGUUUUCAUUGAGAACCUGGUUGUCUUUAUAAUCUUAUUCACAAGACCUGAUAAAAUAACCAAAGAUCUGGUGGGUUUAAAUAAUUGAAAUGUGCAAGAUAGACUGAUCAUCUAAUCAAUGUUUUCAGUGGAUGAGCUGUCUGCCAUGCAGAAAAUCACUGAAGGUGGUCUAGAAGUCUAUUGACAGCCCAUAAAACCGCGUAUGGCAAAGUUAUGAAAUUUGGGACACUGAACGGUUUGGGAAUAGAUCCUUUCAGUUUUGCAGAGAAACAAAAAUUGGUCAAACUUCAUGUCCGCCAUUUUGAUUGGAUUUCAAAAUAAUUUUUUUCAGACUCCUCAUAGAAUGUUUGUCCAAUUGUCACCAAAAUUGAAUCGUAUCAUCUUCAGACUGUGAUUACAAAAAGUUGAUAGAUGAAACAAACAAAUAUGAGACAUGAUUCCAUAAUCACUUUCAGGCUGUAUCUCCGCAUUGCUUUGACAUAUUGACACCAAACUUUGUACAUGUCAUUGUCACCUCAC